AUGUUUAUUGCAUGCGACAAAGAUGGCCUUAUCCACAAUUUUGAGGUUUACACCGGAAAAAUACUACCAGUAUCUGGGAAAGACGACAUAGGGGCAAGUGGAAACAUAGUCCUACGACUAGCAGCAGUUAUUCCCAAGCACAAAUAUCAUUUUUUGUUUUUUGAUAAUUGGUUUACUUCUCUGAAACUUCUAACUACACUAUACAAAGAUGGAAUCUACAGUUUGGGAGCUGUAAGAAAAGAUAUAAUUCAUGGCCUUACGUUUUCAAGCGAUAAUAUUAUGAAAAAAAAAGGCCGAGGCACUUACGAGGAGGAUGAAGCUACCAUAGAAGAUGUAAAAAUAUUUGCGCUGAAAUGGUUUGAUAAUAAAAGUGUCUGUCUGGCGAGCUCUUUUUACAGAUCACAUCCUAUUGACACAGUGGAACGUUUUGUCAGAAAAGAAAAAACAAAAAUAAAUAUCCAACGUCCAAAUAUGGUAAAAGAAUAUAAUCUUUUUAUGGGUGGAGUAGAUUUGCUAGAUGGGCUUAUAUCCUAUUAUAGGAUAACACUAAGAAGUAGAAAAUGGUACUUGAACAUAUUUUUUCACUUCAUUGACUUGGUUAUAGUUACUGCCUGGAUUCGCUACAAAGCUGAUAAGCAGAUAGCAGGGUUGGAGAAAAAAGAUAUAUUAGAUUCCCUUGGUUUUCGCGCUGAAGUUGCCUUUUGGGGAAGAGUGAAAAUAUACGAAAACGAGGAAGACCAAGUAGAAGUAUUGAAAGAAAUUUUGAAGAAAAAAGGAAAAGGAGCCAACAAAGCCCAUACCGCAGUUUGA